UAAAUAUUCAAUUGAAAUAUAAAUAGGAAAUGAAUACAGGCAGAGUAACAUCGAAGGAGGUUUCUACCUCCUCGAAUUAUACUUCACUAGUAAAUAUCCACCUGGAUGCUCCUCUGUGAAAAGAAGAGGUUAGCUCCUUCAGGAGGACGCAAGUGUUCCCCAAUAAGAAAACAUGGAGGUAUAGAAAUAAUUUUUCCCAAACAAAGCGUGAGAACUUUCCCAAGUACAACUAAUUUCUCUGAUACGAGGAACAAGGAUCUUCUUGAUGACUCUGUGAUCAAUAAGCAGUCUUUUCUAGAGCGGUUGCAGAAGGAAAAGAUUGUCCUUCCCUCUUUUGCAAGGCAAACAUGCUCACCUUGAAUUCCAAAGAAGGACAUCUCAAACCAGCUGUACCAUAAGAUCAAGAACAGGGAGGGAGAUAUCAAAAAUUUUAUUGAGAAAUAAAUACAGGUCUCGUUCUCCCAAAUCGUCUCCAAAACAAUUCAUGGAUAAGGAAAAGGCUAAGAAGACGUCCAAGAUCUUACUGUUCAAUAACGUUAUUGACUGAGUCAAGUUCGAUCCCAGUAUUCCAAUGAGAAUCAACUCUGUCUUGUCUCCUAAAGGGAACAAGGAUGCAAGGAUAUCGCUGGGUCUCGACUCAGGUAAUAUCAUUGACUUCAGCCAAGACACGGGAGUUGUUAACUUGAGCAACAAAAAGGAAAUAAUUAAGAAACAUAUUCAUCUACAGAAGCCCCUCAGGCUUGCAUCAGAUACCAGAGCUAGGCAUGAAAAAUCUGACAAAAAGGUCUAGCCCCUCAUGGAAGUAGGCACUUAAUAGAACGAGGAAAUCCCAGUUUUAAGGUGAAAAAGAUCAGCUUGCCAAAGGCAUUUCAAGAAAAAUUAGCUAAAAAGUUCAAGCAGCCAGACCAGAGCUUUAAAUCCCGUAGGCACUCCAAUGAGGUCCCUAAGUAUUUUAAGCCAACUGUGAUUGACAGAGUAAAGAUUGUGACCAAAGUUCGGAAGAAGAACAGCUCUAUUGCUGGCAAGAAUACUCAUCAAGAGUGGGUGGACAUGACUCCAUGGAACUUACCUGAAGAGACCAGUUUCAUGAAUCAAUUCCA